AAAGUACGAAAUGUUCCUCGGGUGUUCUUUGGGUUUAAGAAACAUCCAUAAAAAAAGUCUUAUCGGCUACAUAUCGAACGUUUAUAUUAUUUUUCAUGACAAUAAUUUGGCAUAGGCUCUACGCAGUCUGUGUAUUCACGGAAAUCUCACGUCUUUGCCGGAACUUUAUUCAUAACAAAUAGGCUAUGUUGCCUAUGUUAGGGUGUGAACGGAAACCCGAGACAUACGCAGCCUCUGACAUGUUUCAACAAGCUCUCGGAUCAGUAAAAACAACACAAAUAGUGGGAUCAUGGUAAAAUAGCUUGCAGUGUAAGAUUGUUUUAAUGGCGGAUGCGGGCACUGUUGUUUGGCUAUAGUAAAUGGUAUGGUUUGACUAUUCCACCCACAACUGCAGCCUACAACAGUUGAAAUAUUCACGGCGAAAGUCACUAUUGAGGUAUUGACAGCAGAAUCUAGUUUGCGAUUGGGACUGCGUAACGUGACCUUUUCAAAAAGCGCUUGCAGCAAGAGAGCGUGGGUGGUGUAGAAAGGAUUCGUGUUCUAACAGUCAUUGCUGAGCGAAUUUUUACCAUAUCGCACAACAUGGAGUCUCGGCCACGGUUCAUCCGAGAGGAGAUCAACAGCACGCUUUGGGAAAUCCCGGAGAAGUACACGCGAUUGAAGCAAAUCGGGACAGGGGCGUACGGUUCCGUAUGCUCAGUAAUAAAUUUAAAGACCAAUGAGAAAGUGGCUAUCAAGAAGCUUCACCGCCCCUUCCAGUCUGAGAUAUUUGCCAAGAGGGCCUACCGGGAGCUUCGAUUGCUCAAGCACAUGAAACACGAAAAUGUUAUAGGGCUUUUAGAUGUGUUCACUCCUGCUGCUGGGCUUGGUGACUUCACUGAUUUCUACCUGGUAAUGCCUUACAUGUUCACCGACCUCUCCAAAGUCAAAGGGCUCCUCACUGAAGACCGAAUACAGUUCCUGGUUUAUCAGAUGCUUUGUGGGCUAAGGUACAUUCAUAAAGCUGGCAUCAUACACAGGGACCUGAAGCCUGGUAACUUGGCUGUCAAUCAAGACUGUGAAUUAAAGAUCCUGGACUUUGGUUUGGCUCGCCACGCUGAGGCAGAGAUGACGGGCUAUGUUGUGACCCGCUGGUACCGAGCACCAGAGGUCAUUCUAAACUGGAUGCACUACACCCAGACUGUGGACAUCUGGUCUGUGGGCUGCAUCAUGGGGGAGAUGAUCAAUGGAAAGACUCUUUUCAAAGGAAAAGACUACAUGGACCAACUGACUCAGAUCAUGAAAGUAACUGGAGUACCUGGACCAGACUUCAUUCAGAAACUGGAAAGUCAGGAGGCAAAAAGCUAUGUGGGGUCCCUUCCCCAUUUCCCCCGAAAAGAGUUCUCAAAAUUGUUCCCAAGAGCCAGUGCACAGGCUGUUGACCUACUUGAGAAGAUGCUCGUUCUGGAUGGUGAGGCUCGACCAACGGCUGAAAGUGCUCUGGCACACCCAUAUUUUGAUGGCUUGAGAGACCCAGAGGAUUGGCCGGAGCCACAGCCUUACGAUGACAGUCACGACAAUGCCACAAUGCCUUUGGAUGAUUGGAGGCGGUUAACCUUCAAAGAGGUGAAGAGCUUUGUGCCAUUUCCACGACGGGAUUCCAAAAGGCGAAACACACUGACAAUUUCUCCUUGAAUCCAUGAUUGUAAUAUUAGAAAACUGUGUUACCGCAUACCAGCAGUCAGUAGUAGACCUACUACAAUAUGUUGACUAAAUCAAUCCUGUAAUCUUUUUUUAAGCCUGUAGAGUUCAAAAUAAGAGAUUAUUGAGCUACACUAUGAUGUCUGUCUGUCUAAUUUCAUUUUUGUUUAAACGCCACAUUACCACCCAUCAGUGAAUGGAUUUCUGGGUGCAUUUGUAACCCCAUUUUUCAUGUUUUAUCAUAACUGAUGUUAUGGUUCUGCUGGAUGAGGUAAUUUUUUUUUGGUUGAUAUAUUGAACAUUUGGUGCAUGUUUCUCAUUAAAUUGGAAAUAAUACACAGUUUA